ACUAAACUUCGGGAUAUAUACAAUAUAUCAUCAGUUGGCAGUAUUAUAAGUUAUGAGGAGGCAGAUCAAGUAGAAAUUAGUAAAGUAGAUUUAUUAGAUAAUGCGGUAUCUAGUAGUUCUACAUCAUUAUUAAUUAAAAAAAUCAUUAAUUUGGAAGUCAAAAAUUUAGAAUCUUCUUCUAUAAAAACAAUACCAAUAGUUUUGUCUGCUAAUUUAGAUUACGAUCUACAAGAAGUGUUAAAUAAUUUUUUAGAAUAUGAAAGUCAAGUAAAAAAGAUAUUUAGUUUUUUGUAA